GAGGAGAGGGAAGGGAGGGGCAGCGCCGGCGGCCGGCCAGCCAUGGCGGCGGCGGCGACUGCCAUGGGAGGAGAAGAGACCUAAGCAAAUGAUACCAUGUAGGAGAGAAUAAUGACUUGUAUUCCUCCAAACCCUAAAAGGGUGGGAUAUAUAGUUCCUAUACAUGGGCCUAUAGAUGGGCCUCUAUAGAUGGGCUCAAUAUACACCAACAAACUUGGACAUCAUAAUAACCCCUCCUGUUAUCAGGUAACUCUUCAGAUUAUGCUAUGGAGUUGCGUCAUAAGGAACAACUUCAUGAGAAUGUACCUGUAAUGCAAACACAGCAGUACCCUAUGGCAAGGUCAGUUGGCUUUAAUUUAGGAAGUAGCUACCCACCAAAUCGUCAGCAACACCAGCACGGUGUUAACUCCGUCCAGAAUGCUGGAACUCAAAAUAUUGGACUAAGACCACUCAAUCAAGCUCCUCCUAGUUUGGCACCAUACGAUCAAAUUUUGCAGCAAUACCAGCAGCCGCAGACUCAAAAUCCUUUCAGGAUGCAGCAGAUGCCUUCAGCUGCACAUUCAUUUCGGGAUCAGAUUCAAAAGAUUCAGGGGGGGACGUCACCACCUGAUCCAUAUGGCUUGUUAGGAUUACUGGGAGUUAUAAGGAUGAAUGAUGCUUACGCAUUAGCUUAA